GCCACAAUGUUACUGCCUUCUCUGGCUUUGACACAGGCAACAGGCUUUAAAACCGUUGGUAGUUCUGGAGUUGCAGCCCAGAUGAUUUUCGUGCCACCAAGAACGAAUACAGUUGUUUUCCUGGAUAACUAUCACGCAAACUACGGACUUGGUGCGGAUUUAAAAACCGGAGCACACUCCCCAAAUGCUUGGAAGUAUGAGGGUUCUGAGAUGGCAGUCUUUGGAUCCGAGUAUAAUCUCGCUAACAACACUGUGCGAGCGCUGAGGCCAAAAUCAAACACGUUUUGCUCAGCUGGGGCUUUCUUUCCUAAUGGCACUAUGCUAAACUUAUCUGGUGCCGAGGCAGACUGGGAGGGUGUUGGCGUGGAAGAGGGUUUCGAUAAGAUGAGGAUUUUCCCUCCAGGUCCAUGUGAGAAAGACGUUUGUACUGCUGAUUGGGUGGAGUUGGCAACGCCUUUACAAUCGAAGCGCUGGUAUCCUACUUCUAUCACCAUGGUACGUGUAUUUUCUUCCACCGGGUAAGAAUGGAAAAGACUGUUAAGCGAGAACGCUAACAUACUAUUGUUUUGCAGACUGAUGGUAGCAUUCUUGUUGUCGGUGGCUCCAACAAAGGUGGGUUGGUACUAAACGAAGCUUCUAUCAAUGUACCAACCUACGAAAUCAUGUAAGCAAAACAAAAAAACAGCAUUUUUGUCCCAAAACUCCAAACUAACGAUAAAUCCAGCCAUGUCGAUGGGCGCCAACCCAAAGCCCCGGUUACUCUCCCAAUCCUCGAAUUCACGGAUGCGGAAAACCUAGACCCAGGAAAAUCUUACAACCUCUACCCCAUUCUUCACACACUUCCAAAUGGUGAGGGCAAAGACUUAGUUUUCACUAUUGCCGGAAACCGAACCGUCGUCUGGGACUAUGCAAACGAUACUCUUGUCAAAGCACUACCAGACACACCAAUGCAACCGCGUACUUUCCCUUCUUCUGCAACUUCGGUUUUGCUACCUCUUCUAGCUCCAGACUAUGAGCCCACAGUUUUGGUCUGUGGAGGAUCAAGUGGAGAUAUGCCCGCGCCAAAAGCACUGGAUGAUUGCUGGAGAAUUUCUCCAAACAGUGUCAAGCCAGAAUGGGUUGCAGAUGAUGUUAUGCCUAACGGGGCUCAAACUAUGACGGUAAGGCGAUAUUUGAAGUGGGUUAUCUUAGGACUCGUACUGACUUGGAGACAGGAUGCUAUUGCCCUCCCAGACGGAACUUUCCUCUUCAUUAACGGUGCUCACACUGGUUCUGCUGGUGGAUUCCAAGCAGAUGAUCCGGUCCUUGCACCCAUGAUAUACGACCCAAAUGCCCCAGCGGGUAAACGAUUCACGAACAUGCCACCAACCACUAUUCCACGAAUGUACCACUCUGUCGCCACUCUGCUUCCCUCAGUAUGUUCCCUCUCCGUUUUCACUCCGGUGUUUCAUAUCCUCACAAUCUAACAACCACACAGGGAGAAGUGCUCGUAGCAGGCUCCAACCCAGCUGUCAUGUAUACCGCCGAUGGAAAGGUUGGUGGAGGUUGGCCAAAAUUCCAGAACAAUGGUAAGACCUGCGCCCUAGAGCAACAACAACGUAAAGAGUCUGCUUUCCCCCUCGAAUACCGCGUCGAGAUAUUCACUCCUCCCUACCUCAAAGAUGUCAACACUCGUGGUCGCCCCCAGAUUACCGCUGUUCCAGAGACUAUUGCGUAUGGCGCCAAGUUUACAAUUUCCGGCAAGUUGAAGGGAGUCGAGAGAAUGAGUGGCACGAUCGGUAUUACUUUGAUGUCACAGGGAUUCAAUACACAUUCCAUGUCUAUGGGACAAAGAGUUGUGAUGCUUGAAUUUAAGGCUGUAGCUGACAGCUAUGACUUCACCGUCACUGCACCAAGAGAUGCCAGUGUGAUGCCACCAGGUAUGUUUACGACGUUCCCCGUUGAUAUGCAGUCAAUUUUUGCUAAUCGUGAACUUAGGGAUAUAUCUACUUUUUGUGACACAAGAGGGUGUGCCAUCUGAGGGAAGUUGGAUCAAUCUCGCAUGAGAUAGAACUUAAGCCAAAUGAAUCAAUGAAGAACAACGGUGAAUUUUAACGAGCAUUUGUGUUUUAAGCGAUAGAAAAUUGUUCAAUAC